CCUGUGGGUGGAGAUGUUGAUACAGAAAGGACAUCUUGCAUGGCCGAAAUAGUCAGACGUUGAGGUUUGUACACAUCGUUUUAUUUGUUAAAGAAGUUAAUUUUAUGUUAACUGCAUUCAUAGUAACUGUACUUUAUAGGCAACCCGUAAAUCUGCGUGUUUUUACUUUUUUGCGUGCCGUUGGUGUGUGUCAGAUAGGUUACGUACACGCCUCGUGCGUACGAAAAUAAAAAUACUUCAUACAUUACUACCAGCUGAAAUAGAUUUUAUUUGUUUUAUUCUUUCAACCUAUUGCUUUCAAAUGUUUUCUGUUCGUCGUUGCUACUACUCGUGAUAACGUGUGCGACAUCUAGUUUGAUUUUUUUCUUACAUCUGCGGUUGUUAUCUGCAGUAUACACAUGCAGCCGCUGCUGGUCAGCAGACCCAACUCUGUGGAUAAACUCAUGGAGCAAGGUUAAGGCCAGAAAAACCUUUAACGUCACAUCAUCAAACUCUUAAACGGCUUUUAAAUCACCAUUAAACGAGAGAGUGACUUUUUUUCUCACACAAAACGACGUAAGAGAGUGCUUUGUUGUUAUUGGGAACUUCCUCCCCUCUCCUCAUUUUCCCUUUUGACGCCACGAGUGGUUUAAAAAAAGAAGGAAGGAAACAAGAAAAAAGAAGAAGAAGGCGACAUGGUGGUCAACACCAUUCACUGGUUCAGAAAAGGACUACGGCUGCACGACAAUCCGUCUCUGAGGGAUUCUAUCCGGGGAGCGGACACCCUACGCUGCAUCUACAUCCUCGACCCCUGGUUUGCAGGGUCAUCCAACGUGGGCAUCAACAGAUGGAGGUUUUUGCUGCAUUGUUUAGAGGACUUGGACGCCAGCCUGCGCAAACUCAACUCCCGUUUGUUUGUCAUCAGAGGCCAGCCCACCGAUGUCUUCCCUCGUCUUUUUAAGGAAUGGAAGAUUGGCCGUUUAUCCUAUGAAUACGACUCUGAGCCGUUUGGUAAGGAACGUGAUGCGGCCAUCCAGAAACUAGCCAGCGAGGCUGGCGUAGAGGUCAUAGUGAGGAUUUCACACACACUCUAUGAUCUCGACAAGAUAAUAGAACUCAAUGGCAGCCAGCCUCCGCUCACAUACAAGCGCUUCCAGGCUUUAAUCAACCGAAUGGAUGCUGUGGAUCUGCCUGCAGAGACCAUCACAUCAGAAGUCAUUAAAAACUGUGUCACACCUAUCAGGGAUGACCAUGAUGACAAAUUUGGGGUGCCCUCCCUGGAAGAACUUGGGUUUGAGACUGAGGGCCUGACCACAGCAGUAUGGCCAGGUGGAGAAACAGAAGCCCUCAUGAGGCUAGAGCGCCAUCUGGAGAGAAAGGCAUGGGUGGCAAACUUUGAGCGUCCACGUAUGAACGCCAACUCCCUGCUGGCCAGUCCCACCGGCCUGAGCCCCUACCUGCGCUUUGGAUGUCUCUCCUGUCGGCUCUUCUACUUCAAACUUACGGAUCUGUACAGAAAGGUGAAGAAGAACAGCACUCCACCCCUGUCUCUGUACGGCCAGCUGUUGUGGAGGGAGUUCUUUUAUACAACUGCCACCAACAACCCCUGCUUUGACAAGAUGGAAGGAAACCCUGUGUGUGUCCAGAUCCCAUGGGACCGGAACCCGGAGGCACUGGCCAAGUGGGCAGAGGGACGAACUGGCUUUCCCUGGAUUGACGCUAUCAUGACCCAGCUGAGGCAGGAGGGGUGGAUACAUCAUUUGGCACGGCAUGCUGUGGCCUGCUUUGUCACAAGGGGAGACCUCUGGAUCAGCUGGGAGGAAGGCAUGAAGGUCUUUGAAGAGCUGCUGCUGGAUGCAGACUGGAGUGUAAACGCUGGCAGCUGGAUGUGGCUUUCCUGCAGUUCAUUUUUCCAGCAGUUUUUCCACUGCUACUGCCCUGUGGGAUUUGGACGGCGCACAGAUCCCAAUGGCGACUACAUACGGCGUUAUUUGCCUAUAUUAAGGGGUUUUCCAGCCAAAUACAUCUAUGAUCCUUGGAAUGCCCCAGAGGAAGUGCAGAAGGCAGCCAAGUGUAUGAUAGGAGUCCACUACCCCAAACCCAUGGUGAACCAUGCUGAGGCCAGUCGCAUCAACAUAGAGAGGAUGAAGCAAAUUUACCAGCAGCUCUCCUGCUACAGAGGACUGGGCUUGUUGGCGUCAGUACCAGUCAAUCCCAACCAUGGUGCCAAUGGCAACACAGGGACCAGUCAAGGUCCAGGGGGGACUUCUGAAGACCCCUCAGCACCGGAGGGAAUGUCUCGAGCAGAAAGGGGACAGUCGACACAUAAGCGUCGUCAUGAGGAUGUUCCAUCUGAGAGCAACUCUAAAUCCUGGAAGCAGAGCAAAUAGGGUGAAGAAGCCGAAUACCAAGGAUUCCUAUGCUAACAGCCAUCAGCCCGCUCCAAAACGACCACAGUGGAGACAGAAUGAGUGUGUUGCUUACUUCCUGCAUUUCUGGCUUUUUGUCUAAAGACUCCCUCCCCUUCUUACACAUACAGUUUACCCACGCUUGUCAUCGGUUUAGAUGUCAAGAGUUUGUCUGGAUGGUCGGCUUCUAACUUUGGCAGGUCAACAGAUAAGAUGCAGUACAACAGUUCAGAGACAGCUGUGUCAAAUGGGACAAAAACAACUCAGUUUUUAAGUCUUCACAUGAUUGUGAUGUGAAGCAGCCUGUUGUCUUCCACUACAGCGUGUUACUGUACAAGUCAUGAAACCACUAAACUAUUAUUUAGUGCUGACAUAAGGAUUUAAUCAGGAUUUAAACCCCAUCUGUCCACAUGUCGUCAGCUGGAUCGAAGUUUCUGUUGUCAAUGACUGAUCACAGCAUGGUGUCGAUGUUCUCAUCUUCCUCCUCUUAAUGUGGAAAUAUUUCAGUAGAAUGUUCCUCAGAAUGAUAGAAGCUUUAAAUGCGGUGAGAUGAUGAUGUGUACAGCUGACAUCGGUAGGCACAUUAGAAAACCUCGACACAAGGUAAACUCACCUGGAUUAGCUCAGAAAGCAGCCCGAACCGUUUCCUAUCAAUAUUAAGUCAUUUGUGUACAUAAUGUGGGAUUUUCUUUCUUUUUCUAAAUGUAUAAAAAAGUCUGAUGUACAAAAGAAAAUUAGAGGCCAGACGAUAAAGCAGACCAUCAAACUUUUUGUUAAUAUUUAUUUUCUUUUUUUGAUUUUCCAGCUUUUGUAUAUUUGUUCCUGGGAUCUUACAAGUCCUUUUUGUAAAUAAUACCAGAAAUUAAAGUUCUAACAUAAAUGUAUGUUUUGUCUCCCCUGUGAUCGUAAAAUCGUAUUAUUUUUGUAUAAAGAAUCUAAUUAUAAAUGUAUUGGAAAUGAUAAUAAAAUGCAUAAAUUUA